AUGGAUAAAAAUGGUGUUAUUGGGAUAGUAUCAAGGGCUUCAUAGCCAAUCAAUAAGUAAAGCGAGGCACCCCUCAUCACAACCAACGUGAAUACGUAUUAAAAUCCUCCAUCAUACUAUUUUCAGAAGUUCCAAAGGAAUGCUCAGAAAGUGUUAUAAUCGGAUACGGAUAUCGAUUUAACACCCUCAACGAGAUCUGAUUAUCCAUCUUAUAAAUUUAGACAUGACUUCCAAAAAUUGAAUAUGGAUGAAUAUGAGAUUGUUGCAAUUCCUAAAAAGGCUUUGGAAGGUGAGAAAUAUUCAAUGACUCACUCCUUUGUUCCACUCAUGAAUAAGGGAAUGGGUUACAUGCCGAAUUCAAAUGUGGCUCAGAGUUAGCAGCUGAUGAAAACUCACUCGAAUAACAGCUAUUCAAGAUAGUUGAAGAAUGCGAAUCCAAUUCAGAAUGCAAAUCCUUUUAUUUAGGCAGGAUACGGAGCACUGAAACAAAAAUAGUUAUAUUUACAGAAUCUAAAAAAGUGA